AUCAAGGAAGGAUGAAGAUAAUCGUUUCUCUUAUCAGCAAUCGAGUUUCUCGGUACAUCCCGAAAUUUCCAAACUUUCCCGUUUGUCACACAAAAACAUCAAAAACGUCAGGAGCUUUAUCGCUCGGAAAAAAAAAAAAACUUGUGUUCGAUUAUUGGAUCGUACAAAUUUGUGACACCGGUCGAGCCGAGACAGAUGGUUUUAAUGCGCUUCGAUCAAGAUCAUUCCACCGACCACGCGUUUUCGUCAUGGCGGUUUACGUAAUAAAUUAUGCGAAAAAGUAUAAUCUCCGUAUUGUUUACCGAGGGAAAAUGUCUCCUUCACAAGCAAGAUGA